CAAUCGCACCGAAAAGAUCCAGAUCGAAGGUCCUCCCACUUUCAGUACCGUACAUAUCUUUCAUUCGGCAUAAAAAGCAUUCUCUGCUUUUGUUGGAAGAGCUGUUGGAAAACAUGUCGUCUGACAUUCCCGAGGAACUUGUGGCGAGCACAAAGGCGUCGACCUUGGUGGUCUUGGCAUCUUGCUCUGCCAUUACCCUGCAGCUGCUACGCGUUUCCAUUGAUCUCAUUCAAGUGGCCAGCAAAGGGUCACCCAAGGAUGAGGACAAGAAAACGAAAUCUGUCGACUCUAGCAAUAGCAAGAGCUAUGGCAGUGUGGAUCCAAGCAAGGACACCAAAGACGUGGCUGCUUCUACAGAUGAAGAGACGCAGGGACUUUUGGUUGAUGGUGAUGCUGCUACUUCUAGCAGCUCUACAGCUCCCACUCCUUUUUCUGCGUUUCUAUUGCCUCGCAUCUCCUUGGUUUGUCAUGGUCUCUUGGCGUUGGUCUUUUUGGCCGUGCCACUUGUAUGGAAAUCCAGCAAUAGUAUCUUUUCGUCCUCGCUCAAGGAUUCUACGGUAUUUUGUUUGAUCUUGGGAGGCUACGUGACAGCACGAGAUUUGCCGCGCAGUCGUUUUGGACUAUUUCAACGACUCUACUACACUUUGGCCAGCGUCUUGCUAGUGGCGGCCUAUUUUGGAAACCUGUUUUGGGAAUACUACAACUCGUACAAUGACGUGCCCGUACAGUGGACACUGGGCGAUGAAAUUUUGGUGGCAGCCAUUAGUUUUUACCUGGGGUUGACACUGGUCGAUGUGUGUGUCACAAGGGGCACGGCUGCCGCCGUAGUGGCAGAGCCCGUCAAACGAGCUCUGUCUCGCAAGGCACUAUUGACCAUGUUGAAACCCUACUUUUGGCCCGAUGCCACGGAUUCGUCGGCAUUGUGGAAUCGAGUACGAGCCAUCAUGACAUGGGUGUGUGUGAUCCUCAGCAAAAUUUGCAAUCUCGUGUCACCCAUUCUUCUGGGGUGGGCGUCUACCGCCUUGGCCCAUCAGGAUUAUGCGAGUUGUAUCAAGUGGUCCAUUGCCUAUGCAUUUUUGCAGUUGAUGAGCAGCACCUUUCGAGAAGGUCAAUCGCUGGUGUAUCUCAAGGUGGCACAGGCGGCAUUUGUACAGCUCAGUGAAACCACUUUUGGGCACAUUCACAAUUUGAGUUUGGAUUGGCAUUUGCGAAAGAAGUUGGGAGAAGUCAUUCGAUCUAUGGAUCGUGGGAUUGCGGCAUGUGAUACCUUGAUGAAGUAUCUGUUCCUCUGGUUGUUGCCGGCAAUGAUUGAAUGCGUCGCGGUCUGUUUCAUUUUUGCUUCCUUCUUUCAGUAUCUUCCAUUGGGAAUUGCCGUGUUUUACUAUGUCUUUGUCUACGUCGUAUGGACCAUUCUGGUGACCUUGUGGAGAAAGAAAUUCCGAAAGGCAGUCGUCAAGAGUGACAAUGAAUGGCACGAUCGAUGCACCGAUUCCUUGAUCAACUUUGAGACCGUCAAGUACUUUACGGCCGAAGAUUACGAAAUGAAACGAUUCGGAGAUGCCGUCAAAGACUACCAAGAGGGGUCGGUGAAUGUACAGGCCAGUUUAUCCUUUCUCAAUGUAUCACAACGGGUCAUUAUGCAGGCUUGUUUGGCACAUUGCUUGUCGUUGGCUGCCUAUGGGAUUCAGCAACGAAGUGAUUGCUGCAUAAAAGAGGCGGGUUGUGAGGCUCUCUUUUCGGAAUGUUGUCAAGCAACGUCUCAUUUGGAAUGCCCAGGCAUGGAGGUGGGAGACUUUGUGGCCGUCCUCACGUACACCCUCAAUCUAUUCCAACCCCUCAAUUUCCUGGGAUCUGUCUACAACGCCAUUGUCAUGGCCAUGAUUGACCUCAGCAAUCUUUCCGAGUUGCUGGCGGAGAAUCCCGAUGUGACGGAUUCCCCAAAUGCGAGAGACAUUCCUACCUCCAACGCAGCGGAUCCAGACACUGUCGUGGAGUUUGACAAUGUGGUUUUCCAUUAUCCAACACAACCCGAUACGAAGGGCCUCAAAGGUCUGUCGUUCAAAAUGAAACGAGGAACGACUACGGCUAUUGUAGGACCAACAGGCGCUGGAAAGACAACGGUGUCUCGCCUCUUGUUCCGCUUCUACGAUGUCAUCGGUGGUGCUGUGAAAGUAAACGGUGUCGAUGUGCGUUCUUUGAAACAAAAGAGCUUACGUGAGACGAUUGGAGUGGUCCCUCAGGCAGCGAGCAUGUUCAACGAUACUAUACGCGCCAAUAUGCUUUACGGCAAGCGAGACGCCACCGAGGAAGAGUUGAUACAGGCGGCCAAAGAUGCCCAACUGCUUGAUUUCAUUGAAAGUCUAGGAGACAAGUGGGAAACUAUGGUGGGCGAUCGUGGCCUGAAAUUGAGUGGGGGUGAAAAGCAAAGAGCAGCCAUUGCCAGAUGUUUGCUUCGAGACCCCCCAAUCGUUUUGUUAGACGAAGCAACGUCAGCACUCGACACUCUUACCGAAUCUAGUGUUCAGGAGGCAUUGGAUCGGCUGGGUGCACAGCGCACGGUCCUUGUCAUUGCCCAUAGACUCGGUACAAUCCGAAAUGCCGACAACAUCAUUGUACUAAAGGAAGGUGUCGUUUGCGAGCAGGGCACACACGAUGAAUUACUUUCCAAGCCUGGAGGAGUCUAUGCGGAGAUGUGGAACAUGCAGUUGCACUCCGCUUCAGCGACAGCUUCUACGAAUAGCCUUGGUCGUUUGGCAGACUAAGUAAUAUGGAGCGAAGCCUGCUCCUUGGCCUCUCUCGCUUGGCAAGCUAAAACAGUUUUCAAGUUACUCAUUCACUCACUUGUGUUACACUAUUUAAUUUGGACUACAGUUGACCGACUAGCUCACGUGUUGAGCCGUAUUCAUAUGGGAUAGCGCCGAGAAACAAUAACACUAGGUAGCAACAGAUCCAGACUGUUUUUGAUUUUGAGGACAAAAUUCCAAGCAACUCUCCCUCCCAGGUGUUGACGUGUCGCAAUCUCGGGUUUCUCAGAAGCAAGGUAUUUCUUCCCUUCACAAUUGAUUUGUCUGUGUUGAGCAGGAGGCAACCAUGAUAUCUCAUCCGAGGCAACUGCACUGUUUGCCCUAGGGAGGCCCACAGAACCUAUUCUUGCUGUUUGUUGCGUCGAAAGAUUCCUUUCACCCGAUUCUUGGACAAUUUCCACAUGUUUCCCGUGAGUUUUCGCAUGCUCUUGGUAUCAUCCUUCAGUUCCUUGAGCGACUUGGAAGUAUCCUGGACUUGCUUUUGGGUAAAUGCCAGCUCGUCCUUGACCGACGCCAAUUCGGCCGAUGUUUUGUAGAGUUGUUUUCGUGUCGUGUCGAGUUCCCACUCGGUUUCAUGCAACUCGCUGAUUCUCCGUUUCUUUUCCAUUUGUUCAAAUUCAAACUUAUCCUCCAACUGUUGAUUGGCUUCUACCAUGGCAUCCAUGUCGGCUUGUGCUAUUUGUUGGAGUGUUUCCAUUUCUUGUUUUGUUUGUGACAAUUCCUCCGUGACUUGUUGUCGAAUGCCUUUUUCGUUCUUGUAUUGUGUAAACAAGCCUUGAUUGGCUCUGGUAACAGCAGAGAGCUGUGCCUGUGUUUCUUGGAGCCGAAUCUCCGUGUUGGACAAAUCGGCCUUUUGGCGCCCUAGCUUUUGGUUUGCCUUUUGCAAUCGCUCUGUCUUUUUGUUCAAGAAUCGUUGCAGCAAGAGACCUCUCUGUCGAGGUUCUGCCAGACGCUCCGAUAGAUCAAUGGCCUCUUCCAAGUCGACUGCCACUUCUUCUUCUGCUGCUUCUUCUGCUUCAUCAUCAUCUUCUUCUGAUUUAGCAGAUUCCAUCGACGCCUCGGGUUCAGGCUCUUCUUGUGGUUCUGGCUCUGGCUCUUUGGCUUCCAUUGACACAUCAGAUUCAGGUUCUUCAGGUUCGGGCUCUGGCUCUUUGGAUUCAGACGCCACUUCAGCUGCUGGAUGUGAUGAUGAUGCGUCUGGUCCCGUCGACUCGGCAUCUGGUUCUGCUACCUCAAUUUCUUCUCGUGCCGCUGCAACUGCCUGUAGCAUCUUGGCCUGUACCUCUGGCGACACGGCUGUUUCAUUACCAGCACCAUCAUCUUCCUUAUUGUCGUUGUUGGACGCCAAGAACGCUGCCAGGCCAAUGGACAGGGUUGCCACACCCCCGGCUGCCAAAAUGGUAGGAUCGGAGAUUGCCAUGUCCACUGCCUUGGUGGAAGCUUGUACUAUUUCAUCAGCAGCAGUAGAAGGAUUUCCUAUUGCCGCAUCCAGACCUUGCACGAGGUCACUGACCGCCGAUGGAUCCACAAGAUCAGAAGCCAGAGCCGUGCCUCGUCUGUGGAUUCCUCUUGGAGGCAGAACCAAGGAUUGGAUCUGGACCAGAAAAGCCAAAACACACCACAAGGAAAUGGCUGAUGAGGAUGGCAUAGUUAGCUCUGCUACAGUACGGUACUGCUGUGAAUAUGUAGAUAGGUAGAUGUUGGAUCAGGCACUGUUCUUGGCACUCUCCCUUCACAAGAACCUCGGAAGCAGACAAGAUAUCGUGGGAGCUUGCUUUGAGCUUUGAGAAAAAUGAAGUGUCAACUGACGUGCACCUUCUGAGAGGGUUAAAGCUAUCAAUGGCAAGUGUGGGUCCUUCUAUUUUUCAAACGUGACU